AUGCUUUUCAGAGAAUACACACUUGUCGCCGUUCUUGUGUCUCUAAACGCUGUAAAUGCAUUUUCGAUAGCCAUUCGAAUGCCCUCUUUACUCUCAAAAGGUGGGGGUGGGCGGGGCGGCGGAAUUGGAGGUGUCCACGGAUCGCCAAACAGUGGUAGUAGUGGAAGUCCCGGCUCAGUUGGCGCAGGUACGGGACGAGGGUCAAGUGGAGAUACAGGCCAUCCUGCUGUGUCUUUUCCUGCAAUCGGCGGAAAUGGAAGACUCGCAAAUUACUUCUCAUACGGUGGUGGCAAGCCAUUCAUGCUGCCUUCGUCCUCUGCCUUUGCCGGCCGCAGUAUGGGUGGAGGAACGCGAGACCAGAUCGCUGGAACGCCUAGAUAUGCAAGUGGGUAUCCAUACUCUGUCAGCAGACCAGAGUACGACACCACACGGCGUGGUGUCUACAGUCAGCCAUUCCCAUUUGGGUUCUAUCCAAUUUACUGGGGCUACCACGGAUAUGGUGGCGAAUACGCUGGAGGAGAAGGACAAAAUGUACAACACAACCUCUCAGUCAUUGCGGAACGGCCAGGCGGUAACCUCUCCUAUGUAAAGGUCACACCAAAAAGGGGUUCGCACUACGCCAAAACCGCAAGUGAUGACAUAUACUGGAUGAUUGGUGACUACGAGUCGGUGAGCACGAUGCUCAGCCUGCUCGUUGAUUCGACUUGGACAACCUACGGAUGUGAGGUAGAGAAUAGCACCAUCCUUCCAUUCAUUACCGUGCGUGCAGACGGUGGACCCCUCCAGUACAACACUUCCAAUACGACGCUUGGGAAUUCAACUCUUACUAGCAAUGACACGGCACCCCCCUUCCGAUUCGAGAAUGUUAUCCAAUGGUACCGCGCAAGUUCUUUUGCACUUGCAUAUCAAGGCUACAACAACACGUAUGCAUUCCCACCUUUGAACGAGACGACGUCUCCAUCCGACUGGGCAUUCUCGACACCCCUUCCAGACAGACUGAAGCAACCAGGUUUCCUAAGCCGCGUCAAUAGGACAAUCUCUGCUGCGCUCCCCAUUAUCGAUGGCCCAAAACCCAAACUGAGUACCGCCGAGGUGGUGGGCAUCGUCAUUGGUUCCGUCUUUGGGGAAUGA